UAAACUGGAUAUGUUUACGUUUGCGGUCUCUAUACAUGUACAUGUACAUCAUCGUUUUGAGUAUGUGGGGUUCUGAAAAGAACCGGUGGAAAAAUCCAUGGUGCUUCAGCAAACAUAACCAGUUUAAUAGUGCUACCUCCUUCAUGAAAAGCUUCAAAUCUCAUGAUCUUCAUCCCCUGAUCUCCAUUGGCAUGAUUGAUGCUUCAUCCGUUUUAUUAGCAACUGACUGUUAUUUUGUUAACCCUACAGUAAGCCCUAUAAUGCCACAAAAAUAUCAAGUAAGAUGCAAAAACGCAAGAUUUCACAGUGCUUAAAUUUAGUACGAAAGCUUGAGGCCUACGGUCGAGGAUGAGGCCUACAUUCCAGGACUGAUUUUGGAGAUAUCUGAGCUGAGACGAAGUCGACUCGGAGUACCAUGCUUUGGCGCUCUAGCCUCAGCGUACAGCUGGCAAGCCGCGCGGCGUUGGGGCCGGCUAGCUAACAAUUAUAAUCUUUACUUUCGAUUCCGGCAUGUGAUGGUUUCACUUUAGAAUUAGAUGCUCGUACAAAUCUAGCAAUGUAGCAUCAUUAUACAUACGGCGAUCACGUCUCAGCCUUCAUGUUAUCAUAGCUGGUAGUGGUAGGCUGGGCAGUGCUAUCAUCCAUUGCAUGAUAGGCCUACACGUAGGGACUGGAGCUGUGUAUGCCUACGGUCAAAGUACAACUUGAAGUUGACUACGUGAAGCCUGAGUAACUUAAGCCUAACUCAUCUUUUGUGGGACAUAGAAUUCAUUGAAGAACAUCUUGAAUUGAACUGGUGCUGACGUCCUCAUAACAUCAUCUUCAUCAUGAAAAUUGUCAUUGAUGUGCUAUGGAUGACCAUCAAGGUCCUCACUCUGCUGGUGUGGUCUUGGAUCAAGUGGCUACUGCCAUCUCGUCCAAAGUCUCUAGAUGGUGAGACGGUGCUGAUGACAGGAGCCGGUAGUGGUAUUGGACGGCUCAUGGCUGUUAGGUUUGCUCUCAAAGGGUGUAACUUGGUUUUGUGGGACAUCAAUCAGAAAGGCAAUGAGGAGACGGCCAAAAUGAUCAAGGAGGCGGGAGGAAAUGCCCAUGCCUACACAGUAGAUGUCUCCAAGAUGGCGGCAGUCAGUCAAGCUGCAGCUAAGGUCAAGCAGGAUGUUGGUGAAGUGUCCAUUCUCGUCAACAAUGCUGGCAUUGUCACUGGUCGCACUCUCUUGGACUUGACUGAACAAGAAUGGACUCUUAAAGCUUUUCUGCCGGAUAUGAUCAAAUGCAACCAUGGCCAUGUAGUGACCAUAGCCAGCAUCAUGGCCUACGUUGGUCUGCCCAAGAUGGCCGAUUACUGUGCAAGCAAAGCAGCUGCAAAGGGAAUCCAUGAAUCCGUGGAGAGAGAGGUUCUGGUGGCUGGAGCUGACAAAGUCAAGUUCACCAUCGUUAAUCCGUACCUCAUCCACACAGGCAUGUUCUCCGGUGUGGCUAUCAACCAUGACAUCUUGUUGCAAGGCCUUGCUCCAGAGUAUGUUGCCGAUCGGAUCUUGCAUGCUGUGCAGACCAAUCAGCAGGCACUAUUCAUGCCGCGAACCAUGUACCUGCUUAUCAACCUGAAGUCUUGGCUUCCUGACAACUCCUUUAUUGUCAUUGAGAAGUUCUUCAACGUGUGGAAAUCUAUGGACAAGUUCAUUGGCAGAAACAAGACCAAGUGAAUAACACAGAAUCAUGUUGCCUUGUGCUAAGUAAAUGAAACAGUUCAUUUAAUCUUGAUAUCUGGUAUCAAGUAUUUAUCCAGUGUGCUCAACUAAAGUUAAAAUUUAAUUGUAAUCAGCACUAAUUGUCCAAAAGAAUUCAGUGUGUCUAUAUUUAAUGGGAAUAUGCACCUUGUCAUUGUUGGUCAGAUUGUUGGUUGGUAGCAUUUGAUAAAAUUUAGCCCUUCACCGAGUCGAUGUUUGAGGACCAUUUUCUCAAGGUUUUUCAAGAGAAAAUAUUUCUAAGCACACAAGUUGUCAGCUGCCUUUGGUAUCUACUCUGGCAAUUCCAAUCUUCCCAAUCCAUCAUGGAGGCUAGUGGGUUUGUUGUCUCUAUCUCAGCAACCCAAUUUAAGAAAGGGAUGCAACUUGUUCCCUGCCCACCGCCCUCUUCCUUCCCAGCUUGGCCCCAUCAACUUGCUGGUCGCUCUGGGAUGCUGAUGGUAGUGCCCUGCCAACCCCACCCACAUCUUGUCUCGAGCAAUUGGCCGUGGGUUAGCUUCCCAUGCCAAACACAAGUUUUCUCAGAACUCUCAGAAGGCAAUGACUGGUGGUUGUAAACAAUAUGGGUGUAGUGAAAUCAUGGUGUUAAAUACAUGUACACAAAAUUAAAUUAUUCUAAAAUGUUAUCUCGAUAAGUUAGCCUUGUCAGGGUUUACUAUUUGAAAAUAGUUAACUUAUUUUGGUUUUGUUUUUUCAUUUUAUUAAAAUCUGCAAUCAUGAACAACA